AUGAUGUUUCGACGGCUAGCCAUCGUCAUUAUUCUGGCCUCGGUGUUUGCCUCCAAAGUGGAGGGGAACAUCCUUGUGGUCGGUUCCAUCAAUGCCGACACAUUUCUUCCAGUGUCGCGGCUUCCCACAGAAGGCGAGAAUGUAAUGCUGGUUCCGGGGAAAGAGGCAACUGUAGACGUUCCUGGGGGCAAAGGCUGCACUCAAGCUGUUGCAGCAUCCAAGCUGUGCCUUGAUACCAGACGAACGGUUUCCUUUGCGGGACAAUUCGGCAAUGACGAGGCUGCGGCAAUUCUGCGACAAUGUUGCGAUGACGAAAAUGUCAUCAUUCCAUCUCUGUGUCAAAGGCACCACAGCAAUCUACCAAGUGGCAGAGGCUACGUUUUCCUCUCUGAAUCGGGAGCAGUGAGCGCUGUUGUCAGCGGAGGAAGCAACGAGAAAGGCUGGAAGGCGUGGGAAAGCGCGUGGCAGAAACGACAGCGGAAGCAUAGUUCACCUCCCAAUGAUACUAUCGAGGAUGGCGCUGUUUCAGCAAAAGACCUGGAUAAACUUUUUGACGGAAUCACAUGCAUACUCAUGCAACGAGAAGUGCCGGAAUACGUCAAUCGGCUAGUCGCUACGGAAGCUCGGGAACGAGGCGGCAUUGUAGUUCUUCAAGAUAUUGGGGGAGAAGAGCGUGAGAUAAGCAAAGAGAUGAUGGAGGCAUGUGACUACAUCAUACCAAAUGAAAGUGAGCUGAUACGUCUGGCUCUCUCCCUGGACAGCUCAGUACUCAAAGCCUCCGCUGGGACGGAAGAGGACAAGCCCAGCAGUGAACGCGUUGUAGAACUAGCAAAGCUCUUGCAACGGUAUGGAGCCAGAAAUGUCUUGGUCACACGAGGAGCGAGAGGUUCGACGUUGGUGUCGGAAUCAGGAGAAGUCUUCCACCAAGCAGCUUUCCCUUUGGAGGCUUCUCAUGUGGUAGACGAAACCGGGGCGGGCGAUUGCUACAGAGCUGCCUUUGCGGUGGCCCUAUUGGAAGGUCACCCGCCUCAAAGAUGCAUGGAGUUUGCCACAGCAGCUGGAUGUUGUUCUGUUCAGAAGCAAGGUGCGGUGCCAUCGACGCCUACGCGAAGAAUGGUGGAGGCAUGGUUCAACAAAAUUCGGUCCACGGACAGUGUUCUCAAUAUUCCUAGAGGAGAUGGACAAUCGGAUUCCAACAAACUGGAAGAGAGAAGCCCUCGAACCUUGUCAGCGGCAACUAACACUCGUGGGGGUGAUGCAGGAUUUCCUUUCCUGAUUGGUUCCAGAUUGAAUUCCAUGAAAGACCGGCCAGAGCUCUGGGGAGGAGGCCCUCUGAAGUCUCCGCGCGACUUUGUAAAACGACAAUCCCAAAUUGAAGGUUUGACUGCUGUAGAUUUCAACUACCCCCAACACUUUGGAGAUGGACACUGGGACAGCAACGAAGAUGCCCGGAAAGCGCUGGCAGAUGCAGGUCUUGUGGCUGGUGCUGUCUGUUUGCGCUAUCCUUCCAAAUUUGCUAGGGGUGCCAUGAAUCACCCGUCUGCUUCGUUGAGAGAGGAAGCCAUUGCAUUGACCAAAGAGGCUGCCCAGGUUGCUUUGGACCUAGGAUGCAAUGAAGUGGUUGUCUGGAGUGCGUAUGAUGGAUACGAUUAUGGUUUCCAAGUAGACUACGAUGAAAAAUGGGAUCAGCUCAUUGACGCGUUUCGGCAGUGCUGUGAUGCAUUUCCGCAAGUCAAAUUUUCACUUGAGUACAAGCCCACAGACGAAAACACAAGGUUUUUCACCGUACCAUCCACCGGGGCAGCGCUCCAGCUAGUUGACGAAAUUGACAGGCCAAACAUGGGGUUGACGCUGGACAUGGGUCACUGUUUGAUGGCGGGUGAAAAUCCAGCUCAAUCCAUUGCCAUGGUAGGACGCAAACAAAAGCUAUUUGGGGUCCAACUGAACGAUGGCUACACAAGACUCGCUGCAGAGGACGGCAUGAUGUUUGGCUCAAUCCAUCCUGGGAUGGCCUUGGAGAUUAUGUACCAGUUGAGAAGGACUCAAUUCGAAGGGCACUUCUACUUCGACACGUUUCCGCAGAGGACUGACCCCAUCAAAGAAGCGGAAUGCAACAUUGCUCGAGUGAAGGCGUUCUGGGCAGCGGCAGCUGCUAUCAGUGAGGCCGAACUAAAAAAGGCAACGGACAACCACGAUGCUAUUCUAGCCUUGGAAAUUGUCAACAGGGCCCUACGAUCUUUAUGA